CAAUAAGAAGUAACUUCUAGCCGUUUCUCAACGACCUUGCCCUAUACAUUCCUUCUCGUACCUUCCCUUCGUUUAGAUUCUACAGAAGUUUGGUUCUUUGCGGCUUUCUUCUUCAGCUUUAUCUUGUGUUUCAUUGCAAACAAGAGAGAGAGAGAGAGAGUUGCUUAAGUUAAUAAUAACAGAGAAAAAAUGGAAGGCAGAGAUAACAAGGAGCAAAUAGUGGACGUGAGAUCAGUUGUUGAAGCUAUCUCUACAGCAGAUAAUAAUGACAUUAAUGUCCCUCUUUAUGAAGUUGAAAGUCUCUGUAUGCGUUGUCGUGAAAAUGGAACCACAAGGUUUUUGUUGACAUUAAUUCCACAUUUUAGAAAGAUAUUGUUAUCUGCCUUUGAAUGCCCACAUUGUGGUGAGAGGAACAAUGAAGUUCAGUUUGCCGGUGAAAUUCAGCCGCGCGGGUGUUGUUAUUCUUUAGAUAUCCCAUCAGGCGAUCAAAAGAUUCUUAAUCGACAAGUUGUAAAAUCUGAGUCUGCCACGAUAAAGAUUCCUGAAUUGGAUUUUGAGAUUCCUCCAGAGGCACAACGUGGCAGUUUGUCAACGAUUGAAGGGAUUUUGGUACGGGCUGCUGAUGAAUUGCAGGCACUCCAAGAAGAACGCAAGAAAGUGGAUCCAAAGACUGCUGAAGCAAUAGACCAGUUCUUGUUGAAAUUGAGAGCUUGUGCAGCUGGGGAUUCAUCAUUCAAAUUCAUCCUGGAUGAUCCUGCUGGAAACAGCUUCAUUGAGAACCUGUUUGCUCCAUCCCCCGAUCCAUCAUUGAAUAUAAAGUUUUAUGAGCGAACACCAGAGCAGCAAGUAGCACUGGGCUAUCAAGUUGGCCAAUCACAAAUGGGAGUACCUGGUGAUGGACCAUCAUCAGAAGUGACCAGCAAUGUUUCUGAUCAGAUGCGAAGAGAACCUCAUGGAUCAGUUGGAGCUGCAGCUGGUCAUCGGGCCAUUGCUCAAAGUAAUAGUGCAGAAAUUGCUGAAGCCAUAUUUCGGUACUCUGCACCGGAAGAGGUGAUGACUUUCCCAUCAACCUGUGGAUCUUGUGCCAGCAGUUGUGAGACUCGAAUGUUUGUCACCAAUAUUCCAUACUUCCAAGAAGUAAUUGUCAUGGCAUCUACUUGUGAUUCCUGUGGUUACCGAAAUUCUGAGUUGAAGCCUGGCGGUCGAAUUCCUGAAAAAGGAAAGACAAUCACUUUGUGUGUGAAGAAUGCAAAUGACCUAAGCCGUGAUGUGAUAAAGUCAGAUACUGCAGGUGUGAAAGUCCCAGAGCUUGACUUGGAGCUGGCUAGUGGGACUUUGGGUGGCAUUGUUACAACUGUUGAAGGUCUGGUCACAAAAAUUAGUGAAAGUAUUGAGAGAAUUCAUGGAUUUACUUUUGGAGAUAGCCUUGAUGGAUCCAAAAAAAGCAAGUGGCAGGACUUUAAAUUAAGGUUAAACAAGCUUCUAAAUGUGGAAGAACCUUGGACUUUGAUUCUUGAUGAUGCAUUGGCAAAUUCUUUUAUAGCCCCAGCUACUGACAAUAUCAAAGAUGACCAUCAGUUAUCAUAUGAGGAAUACGAGAGGUCCUGGGAACAGAAUGAGGAGUUGGGAUUGAACGAUAUUGACACUUCUUCAGCUGAUGCUGCCUACGACUCAGCACAGACAACGAUAAAAGAGAAAACGAGAGAGUAAAUUGUUAUGUUCAAUCGCCAUGCCCCUCUCUCUUUCUCUCUCUCUCAUCAUGGGGAGUAGGAGGAGAGAGGCGAUGCUGAGAAGAGUGUUUUUAGAGUCUAAAGUUGUGCAACAAUGUGUUAGGACUGCUUGUGGUGUGUACAAUUCACAGUUUUCUGAAGGUCGGAUACUGUAUGAUAUGAACUGCCUGUCUGGUUCAUUUAAAUAAAGUGCUGUUUUUUGGGUUAAA